AUGGCUGAGUACGAUAUUCCCUACGACUACUUCGACUACAUCAUUGGGCCCAUUGGUUUAAGUGGCGUCGAAGGUUCUGUCGUACGGGGAGAGAACGAGGUUGUACGCAACAUGGCCGGGGAUUCGUAUACAGAUGACCAGCUGCACUUAGCUCGUACACGAUCACGUUCGGCUGAGAGCUUGGCCCCUUCUCGUAAAGCAUCUGCUAUCUCCCUUGAGCCGGCGAAACCGAGUCAAAGUCAGAAUCAAUCAACGACUGCUCCGGAACGUUACGACAUCACCAUCAGAUUCCCGAAAAUGUACGAUACAGGAAGUGUUUUCCGUGUGAAAUGCUGCAGGAAGGUAGAAACGCUGGUCAACUUCCUCUUGAACUUGCUGGAAAGAAUGGAAAGACUAGAUAAGAAGCACAAUCUAACUGGAGAUCAGAGUCUAAACGACUUCGUGAAAAGACUGAUCUUGCAUACGGCUACCGGACAUCUAAGCCCCGAGGGUUUCGCUCAUUAUCUCAAGGAGAUCCAAGAGCAGUCCAAUGAGCUAUUCUUCAUCAAUUUCCUCAAAGCAGCGUUUCCUCGUCUCGCGCGUCGUUUUCUCAAAGGAGAUGUUGCCUUCGAGCCUUUCAUACCCGCACAACCUAUGUACGAUCCGCACUUUACCUACAUCACUUACGAUGGACAUUUUCUAUACGGUGUGUACCAGGAGUACUACGAUAGACUAGUACAGAAUGGAGAAGCUCCGCCUAUUCCACAGUGGAUUGUGGAACGCCUGCCAGAGUACAAUGUCGAUAGCGAUGAUGAGGACGAACCAAUGACAACGGGAAGUGAGGAUUCCAGUGCUUUUACGCGCGAACCCCAGCCACUGCGCAUUUUCAAGGGAUCCAUGCAUGAACAUUCUUUCCUUGAUCCUAACAAGGUUCGAAAUCUGUUUAGGAACACGCUGAGGGAGCACUGUGUUGUUGAAGAGGAGGCUAUUUUGGUUUUGACCGAAGCAGCUCAGAAUCGUGCGCGAGACCUUAUCGUGGACUGUGCGGAGAUUGCAAAGCAUCGAGUGUCUUCUGAAAUAGAAUCGGCGGUUGAAGACGAAAGUAGUCUUGCACGUGCCAAGAACAAGUCAGCGAAGAAAAGAAAUAGAGGAAUUGAAAGCUGUUAUAAAUCAAGGAAAUUGGUCGUAAAACGUAAACAGCUCGCCAAGAAAAAGUUAGAAGAAGAAUCCAGAUGUUCGAAAGAGGAUUCUAUCGAAUCACCUGAUGUUGGCAACGCAAAGAAGGCCUCCCAUAAAAAGCGCAUUCCCGUUGUGAAAGUGAUUGCUCAGGACAUGCAAGCGGUUCUACCAACAUACGAAGUAAGACUGUGCGAUCUGUCUGUACGACAACAUCAAACUACAAUGGAUUCGACUCCAGCAGAAAACAGUCUCGCGAUUAAGGACAGAAAAGUCAAGGCUAAAUCUGCGAAGAAAAGAAAAGGACAAGAAAGUUACUAUAAGUCAAGAAAGCUGUCCAGGGCAUGUAAACUACGCGCCAAGAAAAAGUUGGAAGAACGACCAAAGGGUGCGGAAGGGCAAUGUGCAGAAGAUUCUCUUGAACUUCCUGAUGUGUUACCUGAUGCUGGUAACAUGGGCGUGGCUAAGCCCCCUGUGGAAGUGACUGCGCGAUUUCUUCGAGAGAUUGCUGAUGAGUUGGCAUCCUUGUCAAACAUAGGUCAUGCAGUAGCAGCAAUCGCCGAGGGACCUGACGACAUAAUCAAAAUAACCAGAGAGGGAAUUGUGUCUUGCACCCCGGGGCGUGCUAGUGUACCCGCUGAACCACGAGAUCAGCCAGCAUGGAACAGAAAUAACACUUUUGUCCAGCAAAACUAAUGCAUUACUAACUUAGUUAUUUCGUUGUCAAUUUUGUAAUGUAUAACACUCAGUUUUGCAUUAUGUUUACUCAUUACUCUCAACACUAUUUUGAC